AUGCUGCAAGAAAUAAAACAAAGAAUUAUUAAGCAUAUGAACAAGGACCACCAAUUGGCCGUUAUAGAUUAUGUUGUUGUUUAUGGAAACAUUAAGGCCAGUGACAUCAUCAAACCAUCUGUUCACAUGGUGGAUGUUAACGAAACAAAAUUAGUUAUCGUCUACGAUACGACUAAAUCAAAAUCUCCACAAACAUUGUCGAUUGAUUGGGAAUCAGCAACUGAACCAGAAAAUAAGAAAGUAACUAGUUUGAAAGAUGUCAAAGGAAAGUUGGUUUCUAUGGCGAAAUAUGCUGCUGCUAAGCAAGGCUAUUCACACCAGCAAAUUUCGAAAGUUCUCUAUCCACGUCAGGCCAUAGUUUGGUAUCUUAUUUUUGGUUUCUUGUCGUUAGGAAUGUAUGAUAUGCAAAGUUUAAAAGAAUCUUUUGAAGUAGAUCCAAUUGCUUCAAAACUAAUUACUUUUUUACCUACUGCAGCAUUUAAAGGAUUAAGAUUUGUUGAAAAGCAUAUUGCGCUCAUUUUCUAUUCUUUGUAUGCCGCUCAUUUAGGAGAAAUUUUACUUCUUAUCAUUCCAAUGACUAUCAAGUACAGGUUGCCUACAUCUAAAAAAAUUAUUUGGUGUUUCAUGACAUUCUUUGAAGGUGUAUUCUCGUACACUAGAUUCAAGACCUUAGUUGACGAUAAAUAA